UUUAGUCUUUACUUGACCAAAAAAUGAAGAAAAAAAGAAUUUACUUGGAUCCAAAAUCUAGCCAGUUAAAUCUCAGAUUCCCAGAUCAAAGCAAUCCCGCAGUGCCCCAAUUCACAAUACUGUAUUACUUUAGAUACAGACAUAAUAAAUACAUUAUUGAUAGUUGUAUGCUACCAAAGACACACACACUCUCUCUCUCUAGUGUGUGUACAUGUUGAAAGAGCAUCUGCAUAAACUGAAGAAAUUCCUCGUGAAGAUCAGCAAAAAUCAAGAAAAUCUUGAAUAUGGGUUUCACAAUGUGUCUAAAUUUGCUCCUUUUGCUAGCCAUGGUGGCCACCAAUAUUCUGUCCCUUUACCACCUCUCAUCCACCAUCCAAUCCACGCCACCGGGUCCUCCGCCAGUUCCCGACCACCUUAUCCACCAGCUGACCACCAUACGAGCCACCAUCAACCACCUUACCAGCCUCCAACCCGCCACGCCAUCUACCAAGAAAACCCCCUCCUCCACUCCUUCUGAUCUCCUCCUAUAUACUCAUAUAGCCCCUAUUGCUUCCUCUUGUAAAGACCAUCCUAUCCUCCUGCACCAGUACAUGAAUUACACUCCCUUUGCUUUGUGCCCAAAUGACUCUCCCUUAGCUGAGGAUCUUAUUCUCCGAGGCUGUCACCCCCUCCCCCGUCGCCGCUGCUUUUCAAGAACCACAUCCACCAUCCCAUCCUCACUUCCCACAAAUCCAUUUGCCACACUCCCGGAAAACACAGUAUUAUUAGGCCAUUACAGAUGCAAGACUUUCUCCUGCUUUGCAAAUACGAAAUCUGACAUGGGUUUUGACAUGAAAGUAGAGAAAUCAAGAUUCUUGGCUUAUAACUCAGAUCUGGAUCUCCCAAUCCAGCAGCUUUUCCAGCUUUCUAAAUCAGCAAAAAGUGUCAUUAGACUUGCACUUGAUAUUGGCGGUGGCACCGGCACUUUUGCUGCCCAGAUGAAGCUGCUGAAUGUGACAGUCAUAACCACCACAAUGAAUUUUGGCGCCCCAUACAAUGAAGCCGUGGCGCUGAGGGGAUUAAUUCCACUCCAUGUGCCAUUGCAGCAGAGGCUGCCGGUGUUUGAUGGGGUGGUGGAUCUUGUGAGAUGUGGGCGUGCUGUCAACAGGUGGAUACCGCUGACCGCAAUGGAGUUCUUGCUCUUUGAUGUGGACAGAAUAUUGAGAGGUGGAGGUUACUUUUGGUUGGACCAUUUUUUCAGUAAAAGGACAGAUCUUGAGAAGGUUUUUUCACCCUUGAUUGGGAAGUUGGGGUACAAGAAGGUGAAGUGGGCUGUGGCAAAUAAGACUGAUUCGAGUGGGGUGAAGAAUGGUGAAGUUUAUUUGACUGCUCUUUUGCAGAAGCCAUUGUCAAAAUGAGCCUCUGCCUAAGGUAAUCUUGCUAUACUCUGACUGGUGCUGUGACAUCUCUAUGAGAAAACUUGUUCUGUUCAAAAUUUACUAAGUUGAAUCCUUUCCCCUUCGAAAGCUCAAGCAAAUUACGUUUCUGGGUCAGACAUUCAGCUGAUUCUUGUUUGCUAAAAGCCCCUGUAGAUUUAAAGAGAUAUAGGAGAGUACGAGGAAUAAAAGAAGCUAAGAUGAAUCGCAUGCUCUAGGAGGAAGUUAAUUAUAUUGUCGUAAUUAUUUGUUGCAAUCUAUAAAUUUAUUGGUUACAUUUUCCAGUAGGCUAGGAACUUUUUUAUUGGAGAUUAGGAAGCAAAAGCCAAAAGCAUAUGAUUUCACUGUAGAAUGAGUCUUUUGGCAAAGGUUUCGUGCAAAACUUUUAUACUGCUUGGUAUUCUAGUUAUGAAUACUAUCUUGUAAAAUUA